GCGGUCUCUUGAAGCUGAGCGGAAGCCAUGGAGUUGUUGGGAGAGUACGUUGGGCAGGACGGGCAGCAGCAGCGGCUGAGAGUGUCCUGUGAGGCGCCAGGUGACGUCGACCCUUUCCGGGGCCUGUUGUCGGGCGUGGCACAGAUGAGGGAGCUGGUAACCGAACUUUUCGCCCCCCUAGUACAGCAGGAAUCGCAACACCGGCGGGCUACCGCUUCGGACCAACUCCUGGAGGGUGGUGAUGAAGAUGAUGCAGAAGAUGAAAAUAACAUUGAUAACAGACCUAACUCAGAUGGACCAUCUGCAAAACGGCCAAAACCACCAUCUUAACAAUAGCACUAUGAAAUUUUAAAGACUGCUACUACAUGAUAGUCAUCACAUACUGACGUUUAAGGACAACUGUGUUCUAAUUUGGGACAGCUUUGUCAAAGAGAAAACUGUUUCUUCUGUUUCUAGCAGAAAGGUAAUGUUUAGAAAUGAAAUUAGUUUUCUUGAAUGAGAUAUGAAUUCCAGGCCAUGGAAAUAAAAUGGAAUACUUAUUAAUGUGUAAUAUCCUCUAAGUUGGCAACUGAA